CGUGUAAGUGACUGACUGACUGAGUCAGUGAGGAUUCAGGACUGAGACACAUUCACUUAAGACAUGUUCAGCCGCGGCUCCAGAAAGCGAAACUCCAGCAGAUGGCUCUCUGCAGUGGAUGACCCAGAUAAAGGGCAACCUUGUAAUGCGUGUGGCGACCAGUGUCCUGGCUUGGCAUUGCAUAAUUGGAGGAAAAUUUGCCUUCACUGCAAGUGUCCACGCGAAGAGCACACCGUGGCAGUGAUGCCUUUAGAAAUGGAAAAGACUGUGAACAAACUUAUGUACGACUUUCAGAGGAACUCUACGUCUGAUGAUGAUUCUGGCUGUGCUUUGGAAGAGUAUGCCUGGGUUCCCCCUGGACUCAAGCCUGAUCAGGUUCACCAAUACUACAACUGUCUCCCCGAAGAUAAGGUUCCGUAUGUUAACAGCCCUGGAGAGAAGUACAGAAUUAAACAGCUGCUGCACCAACUACCACCACAUGACAAUGAGGUUCGAUACUGCAAUUCACUCGAUGAGGAAGAAAAGAAGGAAUUGCGACUCUUCAGCACCCAAAGAAAAAGGGAAAAUUUGGGAAGAGGGACUGUUCGACCUUUCCCUAUAACCAUGACUGGUGCAAUUUGUGAGCAGUGCGGAGGGCAGAUCAGUGGAGGAGACAUAGCUGUGUUUGCCUCACGAGCUGGCCAUGGCGUUUGCUGGCAUCCACAUUGCUUUGUCUGUGCCACAUGCAAUGAGCUGUUGGUGGAUCUGAUUUACUUUUAUCAAAAUGGGAAGAUCUACUGUGGGAGACACCACGCUGAACGUUUGAAACCGAGAUGUGCAGCAUGUGAUGAGAUUAUCUUUGCAGAUGAGUGCACAGAGGCUGAAGGUAGACACUGGCAUAUGAAGCACUUCUGCUGCUUUGAGUGUGAAACUGUCCUUGGGGGCCAGAGAUAUAUCAUGAAAGAAGGUCGGCCCUAUUGCUGUAACUGCUUCGAGUCUCUUUAUGCAGAAUAUUGUGACACAUGCGGUGAACAUAUAGGUAUUGACCAAGGCCAGAUGACCUAUGAUGGCCAGCACUGGCAUGCCACAGAGAUGUGCUUCUGCUGUGCACGAUGCAAGAAGUCACUGCUUGGACGUCCUUUCCUACCAAAGCAAGGACAAAUAUUUUGCUCCAGAGCCUGUAGUGUCACUGAAGAUCCUAAUGGCUCUGACUCUUCAGACUCUGCCUUUCAAAGUGCAAGAUCAAGGGAGUCCCGACGCAGUGCUAGAAUAGGUAGAAAUAGUAGCAAAGUAGAAGACAAAAACCUGAAGCAAACUCCUAUUUUACAAGCAGCGAUGAGCAGAUUUUCUGCCGAUGUUGACCCUCUUUCUCAACAAAUGGAUAUGCUAAGCUUGGCUAGUCAGACUCCAAGCUUAAACAGGGAAACACUUUGGCAAACCAGAGAUGUCUACCAGUUUGAUGAUGAUACCACUGAGAGGGCUAGCUUUACAGAAAGGCCUCCUCAGCCUCUCAGCCAGUAUAAUUUAAGGACUGAAUUUAAUCCGGGACAAUACAUAAACAACCCGACUGAUAUAUGGGUGAAAGAAUUUAGUAAUCCAAAGAGAAGUUCAGCUCCUCUCUUGAAAGAACAUAGCGAGAGUUUUAUCCAAGAAAGGAAAGAAGAUUAUUAUCCUUCCACAAUCAGAACCCAAGAAAGUUUUAGCAGCACAUCCAGCCACAGUGUUUCUGAGUCACGAACAAAACCAAGUGGUCCAGGGUAUGAGAUGGAAAGGGAAUUAAUUUCUCACCAGUGCCGAACCAGACACCCAAUCAAUGCACUUAGUUUUACUGACCAGCUCACACCUGUAGAACAUACCCCGAGGGAAUCCAUGGAAUCUCUUGCACUUUCGAAUGCAACAGGGGCUUCUGUUGAAGGUGGCACCAAACGUCAGGAGCAUUUGUCCAGGUUUUCGAUGCCUGAUUUGAGCAAAGACUCUGGUAUGAAUGGAUCAGAAAAACUUAGCAACAUGGGUACACUUAAUUCUUCAGUCAGGUUUAGAAGCACUGAGUCUAUUCGAAGUCUAAAUUCAGUGCAGCCAUACCAGGAUCUACAACCACCAAUGGACAGACUUAGACACUCCAUGCAGUACAGGGAGUCAGUUCCUUCAGGAAGAAUGCCACAGGGGUUUGAUUGUUCAGAAGGUGCCAUGGGUAACAGAAUGCACACUGGUGUGAAUGCCAGGAUGGCACCUAUGAGUGAACGGACCCAGAGGCGUGCACAUGAUCAAGGGAACAACCCUCGGCGUCACCGCCACAGACCAAAACGAUCCAGACGGUCCCGUUCUGACAAUGCUCUCCACCUGGCUUCAGAAAGACGCUAUCAAAUGAGGGAGCGGUCUCACAUGUUCUCAAGUGAGGAUUGUGACCAGAUCAUGAUGCGAGCGAGAAGCAGGGAUGCAUUUGGAAAUGGUCAGUCAAGGGAUCACUACAGUAGGUAUCCCAGAACUGCAUCUGACCUGACUCUGCAGAACCAAGUAAGUGAUAGGCUGUUGAGACCUUAUUUUCAUGAUUAUGAUGACUGGUGUUCUACCUGUUCCUCUUCAUCAGAGUCUGAGGAAGAAGGAUACUUCCUAGGGCAACCCAUUCCGCGUCCUGUUCAGCUUCGCUCCAUCACUAGUGAUGAAUUUGUGUAUAGCUAUGGUGCCCCCGUUCCCUUGUCAUCUAACCUGAGCGCCAGGUACCUGUCACAUCAUAGGAAAAGGCAGAAGAGCAAGAAUUGCAUUAUUUCAUAAUAUUUUGCACAAAUUAUUUCCAGAAGAAUGUAAACUUUAAAAGUUGCACUCAAAUUAAUUAUUAAGAAAUAACAUUGGCAAAGGCAAUAUAAUUUAAUCAGUAUUUAAAACGUAUUACAAUAUUUCCACAGCUAUGGGCUUAAAUGAAGGGUUUUUUUCGGCUUGCUUAUUUCAAUUCCAAUAGAUUUUCUUUAAAUAGUGCAUCACCCAAUAUACACUUUGGAAACUGCAGUUAUAGUCACUAAGUAAAUGCAGUCUACAUUUUCACUAAAAUGUUAUCAUCUACAUAAUUGUCAGCAUGUUUACAAUUGAAGAUAUCUGUCUACUUUCUUAACAUUGUGUCCUGUAUUUCUCUUCCACUGCCAUAAUAUGUUACACAGCAAACUUAACAAUCAAUAUAUUAUACCAAACUUAAAAUUACAGAAUUGCUUAAUCUAAUGUUUUUUCUUUUCUAAAUGCAAGUGUUGUAAUUAAAAUGGCGCAUACACUAAGUUAAUUAUAUCUAGUGUAUAUAUUAUGCAAAUGAGGAUUUCUAAGAAAAGUAUUUUUAUAUUUUGUAAUGUAAGAAGCGUCUGGUUUUGAGUAGUUGUAGUUGCAUGUUCACUUUAUUCACAUUGUUUUCAAAUUUAUUAAAAUGUUGCAUCCUUUAAA